CCAAAAAGGCACUUAAAAGGUGAUAAUAACCUCAGUAGACUAUUACAAAAUGUCAAUUGACCCAAAAACGAAAAAAAAUUCAACAAAACAAGCUAAAAACGGUGAAGAAAACGAAUUCUUGGCAAAUAUUGGACUGCUGGCCACAACAACAAUGACGGAGAUUCGCCAACGUCAGCUGAAAAAACCAAAAAAAGUGUCGGACUUUGGAGAUGAUGAGUUAUUUGUGAAGCGUCCCGAUUUUAGUAAGCUGAACAGGAUUGCAAAGGUAUCAUUAAAUCAAAGGAAGAUUGGAAUGGAAGAGUCCUCCAAAAAUAAUGCCGAAUCUUCGGAGGACUCUGAAGAAGAGGAAGAAAAGGAGGAGGCCGACUAUUUUAGAACAUCCUCUAUUCCCGGUCAGAGGUUGUACAACUUCCUGAGCCAACUGACCUCGCAUCGCUGGAUUUGGUGCGAGUUCGUGGAGUCCUUCGUGGACAAGCCCAUCCUGGCUGGAGCCUACGACAUGGAGCGCUUCAUCAGCGAGUGCUGUCCGUUGUUGGGAACCCGCUGUUUGCCCCGCAGAGGAUGGCAGUUACUGCGCCGAAAUAUGGGAAAGGCCCGUCGAUUUUCCCCCUCCUUCAUCGAACUAGAGCGUUCGGAACUGGAGCGCACCCGACGAAUUGUCCGUGAGUUGCAGCAGUAUCGUUUCGAUGCCCAGGAAGACGGUCCCUACUUGGACCAGAUCCCCAAGCGGAUCCCCUUGCCACUGGCCACGGAUGCCAAGGUCACCAGCUUCCUGCAGGGACACUCCCACAAGGGCAUCAUCGACGGCUGUGUCAUGGACUACGAUCCGCAGGACAGCACCUAUCUCGUUCGAUUCAUCAAGAAUGGCAAGUCGGCGGUUUUUAGUCUCCAGGACUCGCGACUCUAUUCCGAGCAGGAUUCCACGGCCCUGCCACUAUCGAUUAUGAUGCACGGCACCAAGUCGACUCCGACCAAACCGGAAAGUGCCUCGCAAGAGAAGUACGGCAAUAAGCGGUACAACAAGGACCUCUUGGAAGCCGUGCUGCUGAUCAGGAAGAUGAUGGAUGUCAAGGAGAGAGCCCUGUUGGACUUAGCCCAAAUGAACGAGGACUUCGAGUGUGGCAGGGAGUCGGCUCUUUCGGCCAGUCGUCGUGAUGCCAAGAUCAGUCCCAAACGGGAGAAUCUCCAGCGUCGCUAUGCGGCCAGCAUGAUAACCCUGCACCGGGUGAACGCCGAUGUCAUGACUCCGGUGCACAUCCUCCACGAUCACCUGGCCGAGUAUCAAAAGCAGGAGGAUGAGCAGGAGGCCAAGGGCGGUCGACCCGCAAGCGAGGUCUACCAAAAGUGUCGCCAGCAGGCGGAACUGGAUCUCAAGCUGGCCGGGAGUGAGAAAUCCCUGAAGAUAGAAUCGGAUCGCACCAGGGAGUUCGUCUGCAACCUCCACACCAUACUGUAUCUCAACGGGAAGUUGGGCCGUGAGAACAGCUCCGACAUGGAGGUGGUGCUAGCCGACCUGAUAUCCCACAUGGUGGCCAAUAUGCCGCCAUCGCUGGGCCUCCAAUUCAAGGAGGCCCUGGACUCUCUGGAUCCACUGCGUCAGCAGGUGGUGGCCAUGUUCAAGGCCACCCAAAAGACGGAACGCUUUCAAAUCACCCAACAGGCUCCGCUGCAAACGGAGGAUGGCAUCUACAACUUUGUGGUCGAGGCCCAGCCGGAUCCUCCAUGUUAA